AUGCUGUCGUUUAUAAGAAGCCGUGAAUCCGGAGUGCUGCCUCCCUGGGAGCUUAAGGAAGCUCUAUAUGAAGAGUCUCUGAAGAAUUACACGGCCGAACCUCAUGCUACAUUCCCCAAGGUUCAUGUUGGAGCUGUCAACUCGUUAUCGGUGGAAAACGUGGACCAGAGAUACCUGCUUAGUGGAGGCGCCGAUUCCAGUAUUCGUUUGUGGGAUCUGGAAUUGGACGCUCGCAAGGAUUGGAAGAGUCUUAAUUCGAACGAUGGAGUGGAGUACUCGCAGUUGGCGUCGAUUGACCGUCAGAAGGGACACAAGUACGGAGUUUCCCACGUCCAAUGGUGGCCUCAUGAUUCGGGGCUGUUUGUGACGACUUCAUUUGACGGAACAGCCAAGGUCUGGGACACAAACUCGAUGCAGGAAGCGUACAAGUUCGAUCUGGGAACGCGUAUAUACAGCGCGGACAUCAGCAGCGUGGGAGAACAUGCUAUGGUUGCUACGGCUGCUGACCAUCCAUUUGUGCGGUUAUUGGACCUGCGAACCACGGCAGCAGCUCAGAUUCUCAAGGGCCAUGAUGGGAAAGUUCUGACCACCAAAUGGUCCCCGACUCAUGGAUCUCUGAUUGCGACAGGAGGCACUGAUGGAAGUGUGCGGUUGUGGGACGUUCGACGCAGUGACUCGUGUGUGCUCAUGAUGGACCAUACUCUGACGCCAACAGCGCAGAGUAACCCGCUCAGAAGAGGAGUAGAUAAGCGUCUCAGUCACCCCAGAGCCCACAGAGCUGCUACCAACGGUCUCUGUUGGAUGCCUGACGGCUCCACAUUGUUGUCUUUUGGUAAUGACGAAAAGCUGCGAUUGUGGGACUUGUUACCAGCCGAGGGAAUGAACAAACUGGUCAACUAUGGUCCGUUCCUGCGAAACAAGUUUCUCCAGACAAUUAACCCCUGCCUCAUGUUCCAGAAUCACGAGACCCACAAGGUCAUGGUCCCCAGUGACUCGGGCGAGAUCUUCAUGUAUCAAGUUGAAGACGGCAAGAUGGUUUGUCGGUUGAGUCGGGGCCAUGAUGUUGCACGGUCAGCGUGUGUGACCGGAAGAGGAUACGGAUAUGAAGAUUACUUUUCGGGAUCCUUGGACGGAAAGAUUACGAGAUGGUCACCUCAUUAUGAGAGGCCGACAGUGGCUUUGGAUGGCAAGAAGAAGAGGGGUGUGUUGGAUGAUAUCCAUGAUGAAAUGAAGGCGAAUGAGCGGGAAAUGGGCGAGCAAUGA